CAGAGUAACGUCGCAUCUACAUAUGCCGGGGAACGGCGGCAGUGCGCGUAUAAGCGCGUCGCCGGCGGUGCGCGCGGUCGUGAAGCCGCCGCCGGCGCACUAUCUGCACGAGCUGCCGGCUCAGGACGAGGAACGGCUGGAGUGUUUGUUCCAGCGCCUCGACCUCGAUGGCAACGGUCGUAUUGACGUUCAUGAUCUGUCACGAGCGCUGCGCGAUGCCGGCGUACAUACUCAGUAUGCCCAGAAAUUUCUGGCCAGAUCGGACCGUACUAAAAGUGGCGAUAUAAGCUUAGCUGAAUUUAUACACUAUGUCCGCGAACAUGAGAAAAAUUUGCGAUUGCAAUUCUCCGAUCUUGAUAAAAAUAAAGAUGGAAAAAUAGAUUUAGAAGAAUUGAUAAGGGCUUUCAAGGAGCUGGGAAUAGAAAUGACGCAGGAGGAAGCAACAAAAUUAUUACAACGUAUGGAUCAAGAUGGAAGUCUUAAUAUUAGUUUCAACGAAUGGCGGGAUUUUCUUCUCUAUGCACCAAGUACUACCUUGCUCGAUAUUAUAGAAUACUGGCAUCAUACCACGUAUAUGGAUAUCGGAGAGGACAUUGGCGUCCCCGAAGAGUUCACAAAGGGCGAGAUGGUGUCUGGAAUGUGGUGGCGACAUUUAGUAUCUGGCGGAAUAGCAGGUGCCGUAUCACGUACUUGCACUGCGCCCCUAGAUCGUAUCAAAGUCUAUCUACAAGUCCACGGCACACGACACUGCAAUAUCAUGAGUUGCUUCAGGUACAUGUUGCGCGAGGGUGGCAUUAGCAGCCUAUGGCGCGGUAAUGGCAUUAACGUGCUCAAGAUUGGCCCGGAAACAGCGCUCAAGUUUAUGGCGUAUGAGCAAGUGAAGCGAGCUAUCAAGGCGGAUAAUGAGGCGUGCGAACUCAGACUUUAUGAGCGAUUUUGUGCCGGCUCUAUGGCCGGUGGAAUCAGUCAAUCAGCCAUCUAUCCCCUUGAAGUAUUGAAGACAAGGCUCGCAUUGCGAAAAACGGGGGAAUUUGAUGGCAUGGUUGAUGCAGCCAAGAAAAUAUAUAGACAGGGUGGUUUGAAAUCCUUUUACAGAGGCUACAUACCUAAUUUGAUAGGAAUACUGCCAUAUGCCGGCAUCGAUUUAGCCGUUUACGAAACGCUGAAAAAUACUUAUUUAUGUACGCAUGACAAGAAGGAACAGCCAGCAUUUUGGAUUCUAUUGUUGUGUGGCACUGCGUCGAGCACGGCCGGCCAAGUAUGCUCGUAUCCGCUAGCGUUAGUGCGGACGCGACUGCAGGCCGAGAUUACACCUGAUCGCUCGCCCAAUACGAUGAUUGGUGUCUUCAAAGACAUCCUCAACCGUGAAGGAAUACGUGGUCUGUAUCGCGGUCUCACGCCUAAUUUUCUUAAGGUUGCACCUGCCGUAUCUAUUAGCUAUGUAGUGUAUGAGCAUUUCCGGCAGGCGUUGGGCGUCAAUAUGACGUGAUGAACAUGAACGCUAGUUGAAUUAGUGUACAUUUUUGGAACUUAAAGUGAGAUAGACAUAAAUUAUGAUGUUUGUCGAAAGCGAGAAAAAGAGUUCUAGCGCAGUUUAAGAAGGAACAGAAAAUAGACCAAUAAUUAAUAAAUGGUAUGUAUUUAUAAUUAUUUGACAGAAUAAUAGCUACUUUUAUACUACUUACUUUAAUAGCUAGCUUUUGCUAAUAUGUAAGUAAAAUUCAUUCAAGUCUAUGCUUAAC